UAAGAUAAUUUUUUUCACCAAGUUUAUAAACUUCUGUGCUCGAAUUCGAGUGGUUUUAUUUCCGCAGAAAUAAUAAUGUUGCUAAAAUUUUUGCUUUGUUUUGCUCCGUUUGUAGUAAUUAACGCGGAGAUUUCGAGCGAUACUUUAGUGUACGUGCAUUUGCUUUUUAGGCACGGAGACAGAUGCCCCGAGAAAAAUAAUUUGUACAAAUCGAGCCCCUAUUAUAACGAAUCGUACUUUAAACCGUACGGAUUCGGUCAAUUGACCAACAAAGGAAAAUUGAGAUCCUACAAUGUAGGAAAAGAAAUCAGGGCUAGGUACAAGGGUUUCCUGGACGAAGAGUACAGCAUUGAUUUAAUAGAUGCUCGAAGCAGCGACUUCAACAGGACCAAAGCCUCCUUGCAGGCUAUGUUGGCAGGACUGUUUCCACCCACAGAAGAGCUUAAUUGGUUGCCAGGAUUCAAUUGGCAACCGAUACCAACGACUUACGUCGAACGAUCUAGAGAUAAGGAAAUGUUCGCAUUUGGUUGCCCGAUGUGGGAUGCAACGUUGGACGAGUAUUCAAAAACGCAGCAGGACAACGAAACGACCAGUAAAUACGACGAUCUCUUAAAAUUCCUCACCGAAAAGACCGGGGAAAAUUACGACUUCCUCAACGCCUAUUAUCUGUAUUUUGGUUUCAAGAUUUUACAAGAGUUGAAUUAUACUCUACCGGAUUGGGGGAAUGAUGUCUAUCCAUAUCCACUGAAAAAUUUAACUCUGGACUAUUACGACAUGAUUACAGCCACCAGUAAGCUUCGUCAAUUGACGGGAGGGUACCUCUUAAAGAACAUUGUGGAUGACGUGCAGAAGAGAAUAAACGACCAGUCCAUCAGCAGGACGAUGUCCCUUUGGUGUGGCCACGAAAAUAACAUUGCAGCAUUGUUGAAAGUAAUGAAAGUGCCGCGUAAUGAUGAUAUAGCGAGUUAUGGGAGUUACAUUGCCAUGGAAGUGCAUCGCGUUAACGGGACUUACGGGUUUCAGGUGCUUUAUAGGAAUAAAGAAGCCCAAGCGAAGGUUCUUAAGUUGCCCGGUUGCGAGGAAUUUUGCCCGAUGGAUUCGUUCAUGAGGAUUGUUCGAGAGGAUCUCCCGGUUGAUGACAGCGUUUGCGAAGGAGCGCAUUCUUCCACGACAAGACAUCUAUCACAAAUAAGUAUUUUGGUAUUGUUAAUUUUGCAUUACUGUAUUCAUAAUUAUUCUAAAUAAAAAGUUUGUUAUCAA